GGCAAGGUGAACGUACAGGUGGACCUUAGCGAGAACGCAGUGCCGCUACCGCAACCGACAGCAUCAACUACUUUUCUGCACAUGAGCCAGCCUCUUGAUGAUCCCUCCAUACAAGCAGCAGGCAAAGCCCUUGACGCCGGAGUCGAAUAUUGCCUGCCAUUCGAGUUUGUGGUUCCUUGCAAGCUACCACUCCAGGCCUGCCAGCAUAGUUGCCGUCAUGAGCAAGUACAGGAAGAACAUCUCUCCCUUCCUCCAAGUCUCGGGACACUAGGCCACCGGAAAAAGUCAUUACACGGCAAGGAUGAUAUGGCUCCUGAAACAGCCUCCAUUGCCUAUCACAUUUCUCUCCGAAUAAGCAAAAAGCCUUCCAAAGCCGGGACAACAGCCCCGAUUGCCGAAUGGGAGCACCCGAUACACAUUCGUCCGUUGCGCGUGGAACGCGCCCCGGCCCUCGUGCCACGAGAAAGCAAAUUCUAUUGCCUGCGGCGAGAGGUUACAAUCACCCGGGGUCUUUCCAGAGCACCCCAGGGUGUUUUGUCAGCCCAAGCAGUCCAGCCCACCGCGAUAGCGCCAAAUGCAAUCCCUUUCCGCCUGGUACCCAUCGACCUACAUUACAGAGCCCUCUCCGGUGCCCCUCCGCCCAAACUGUCAGCAAUCAAAGUCGAACUCCAAGCGACCAGUUUCUUCGGCGUCAAGCCUUGGUCAGACUUUCCCGACUUGACCGAUCCCGUAACCUGGGGCCGCCACCAGAACCAUUAUACAUACCCGGUGUCGUUGGCAGACAUGCAGCCCGGCCCGCUGAAGUGGCAGCAGAAGAACACAGAUGAUGAAACCUCGCCGAUCUUCAGAUCCACAAUCCAGGUGCCCGUGGAGCUUCCUGGUAAAUUCGACUACCCUCCAAGUUUCAGCCACUGCUUCAUCUCCCGGGUGUAUGCCUUGAAGGUCGAUAUUUGUUGGCGGACCCCGGGUGCGUGGGGAAGAAACCGAGUGUCCUUAACUGUUCCGCUGCAGAUACUGUAA